AUGUCCAAUAAUUACUUGUCUUUAGAUUGGCGGAAUGGACCUCCUCCAAAGGAGAUUGUUCAUCGCCUCGAGCAGGUCUUUACAGAUGUUGAUGAUGAGACCAAGUCUGGGACGACUUUACGCCUAAGUCAGUCUACAGCAAAGAAAGCAUACUCUGUGGUGGAGAAGAAUGGCCAUCCCAUCGUGAUGCGCCAUGACAAUUCAAGCCACAAAGCAUACAAUGGUCAAGUUAAGUUCUGGAGUGAGGCAUAUACUAUAGCUGUUUCGCUAGUGGAUAUGCAGGCACAGGAGCAAAUGCUCAAGAUCAGGUUCAUCCAGUACAGAGAGGUGUUCCCAAACACUUCGAUGACAUUGGAUCAAGUAAAGAGAAUACUUACCGAUCUUGCUUUGACCAUUAAAGUGCACCCUCUUGCGCUCGGCUUUCUUGCAGAAGACAGAGGCAAGUUUUAUCUUCCAGAAGGCACCUUGAUUGAUGCUACAGUAGUAUCAAAUAUCAUUGCUUACCACAAGGCCGAUGUGUCGGCUGAGUUUGCUAAGAAGAAAACCUUCAAGCAUGAGCAGGGUUCUUCGACAAGCAUUCCUCAGCUGGUGGAGAGAUUGAAGGUUAGGAUCCAAAACAAGCGCAGCGUUCGCGCAGUGAUCAUCACCGAGCAUGCAAAUUUGAGUAGCCUGCUUAUGGAUGAUCAAUUUGAUGUGAACAACUGCAUUGUGAUAACCCUCUCGGGUUACCCUGGGUAUUCAACUUGCGAGUGGAUUCACAUGCUAUCCAUAGAUCCCUUGCUUCAGCAUCUCCCCUGGCUUAUGCUUAUUGAUCACGAUUUCCAGGGCUUCCAUAUCUUUUCCAAAGUGAAAUAUGGCUGUCGAAGCAGCGCCUGGGUGAGCGAGAUUUCGGUUUGCUCGCAGCUUCAAUGCAUCGGCCCCUUCAGAGAUGAUCUUACGCAGUCACCUGCUUUGCACCGUCCUGAUUGGGAAGCUCAGCACAGAGCCGAUUAUCCUCGAAAGGAUGAUAGCGCUGUGGCCAAAGCUGCCGACGAAUGGGAGGCUCGGUGUGAUCGAAAAAUUAUGCGGAAGUUUACUGCUGCCUCGGCGGUGGAUAAAUCACUGUAUAAGUCUUUUGAGCGGACCGGAUGGCUGCAAUACGAGCCUGGUCUAAAAGGGGAGCUGAGAACAAUGCUCAAACAGCCAAGCAAAUUUCGCCUGGCCGAUCUGACCCAAGUCAGCACUCGCUACUUGCAGACUUUUCUCGAGACGAAGAUCGAGGAGAAAAGUCCCGCGAAGACAGCGAAAGCGGCCGUCAGAGUGGAGGUUCGGGUCCCGGCGCGACGCUCUCCAGUUGGAGAAAGGUUCAAGCAAAUUCCCAGUCAGAUCCAGGACUCGGGCUCUGUGUCGUUGGCGAAGGCGGCGGUUGAAGAUAGUGCUUCAGCCGAGCCUGAGCUGACAGAAACUCAGCUUGAAGCGCUUGUGAGCGAUCCCGUUGCCGACAUGAUAUGA